AUGAUUGGGGGACAUGGCAUGAUUGUCAAGAUCGAUGAGAGCAAGUUCGUGAAAAGCAAAUACAAAAGGAAACUGGGUCCUCGGAAUGGUGGAAAGGACUCCACAACGAAGAAUGGUGAUGUUGGUGGUGCCCAACAGGACGAAAGCAACACUGGAGCACGCAAUAAGAACCUUUGUUCACCCUGGUUCGACAAUACACACGGACAUGUGGUGGAAGGGUUACAUAAGCCUGGAAAGGCUUGGUUACACCCACAAGACUUUGUGCCACAAGCACGAGUUCGUGGCAGCCGACUCAACACACACACCCAGACGAUUGAAGGGAGCUGGACACUGCUGAAGAAGGCCAUUCCUGUAUAG